CACCAUCAUUGGUGUCAGUGUGGGAGGAAUAGUGCCCCAUCACUGGAGUCAGUGGGAGGAAUAGUGCCCCAUCACUGGUGUCAGUGUGAAAGGAAUAGUGCCCCAUCACUGGUGUCAGUGGGAGGUAUAGUGUCCCAUCAUUGGUGUCAGUGGGAGGAAAAGUGCCCCACCAUUGGUUUCAGUGGAGGAAUAGUGCCUCAUCAUUGGUUUCAUUGGGAGGAAUAGUGUCCCAUCAUUGUUGUCAGUUGGAGGAAUAGUGUCCCAUCAUUAGUGUCAGUGGGAGGAAUAAUGCCCCAUCAUUGGUGUCAGUGUGGGAGGAAUAGUGCCCCAUCAUUGGUGUCAGUAGGAGGAAUAGUGUCCCAUCAUUGGUGUCAGUGGGAGGAAUA